AUGCCAAGUGUUACAGUUGAUUAUAAAGUUUUUAUGACUCAUGACCAUACUAAUAAUACCAGUAUUGGAACUGAUGGUUUAGCAACAUGUAUUGGUAUCAUUGCAAGAUUAAAUAACGGUGACACCUACUGUGGUCACAUUUCAAAUGAAAUUCAAGGAACCACUGCAAAUUUACCAAUCAUUAUGCAGAGAACUCAAACCAUUAUGACUGCACGUUUAAAUCCUGCCAAUGUAAUUUCAGUACAUUGUGCAACUACAAGCACUUUUCCAGAUACCAAUGCAAUGUAUAAUGCUAUAGUUAAUACUUAUCCAGGUUUAGUUCAACCAAAAAUGGAAGGUACUGGUAUAUAUUGGGAUGGAAAUGCAGUUGGUGUUAUAAAUGGAUUGUAUGAUAAUAUUAAUGGAAAUACUGAAGGUACAAAUGAUGAUCAAGGUCCAUUAAAUGUCACUAAUUGA